AUGUGCUCCCGGACGACCCUGCGGACCCUUGCUGGUACUGGUGUUAUGGCAAUACUCAAAUCCUACAACACCAAAAGCCCAAGUACCAUUAAUUUGACUGCUGAUUUUGUAGGGUUUGAGUAUCACAUUAUCGUACGACAAGUGCUUGAGAUCGCCCCAGGUCGUGUAAAUGGCCUUUUUGUUGUCGCAGUAGGAGGCGUUUUGAUGGUGAUUGUCACCCACGUGGGCCUUACUGCUUUGCUUGUUAUCUGCGAACAGCGGACCAAUGCCUUCUGUGUCGACUCGGGUGAGAUAUCCAGCAGCCGAGAUAUCGACCUCACCUUGUCCUCCGACAACAAGCUACAGAACAUCAGCCUCAUCCGGAUGUUUAUGGAGCGAAAGAGUCUGUUCGACCAGACGGACUCUGGCAGCGAGACUGGCUGUCCUACCAGCAGCCACAACGGUGUCGGCUCUGAGAAGCAGAGCAACAACGGAAGCAGCAAUUUCUCGACCUCGUCACCGAGGAAUACGCAGGUCGACCGCAACACCACGACCAACGUGAGCAUACAGGUGGGGACCGAGGUAGAGGACAAUAGCGUGCAAACGUCGCUGAUCUAUCCAGCGCCCGGCGAGCGGACAUUAGCCGGCCGGUCACCGGUGCGCGAGACCCAGUGUAGAAAUCGGUGUGAAUGGUUCCAUGAAUUUCUCCAAAAACGAAAAACGCAGGGGGAGGACUCGGCCUGCUCGACGACGGACACGAUAUCCAUCUGCAAGUCGUCAUUGCUGUUCUCGCCAGUGAAGGAGAUGCCGGUACUACCACCCGGAGGGAGCUACAGCGUGGAUUCUCUCGAUUGCGAGGACAUGCUCAUCACCUGCCAGACCAACAACAAGAACAACUACACCAUCGCGUUCGAGGGCAGCAUCGCCAUGUACUCGGACGGAUCGCAGGAUUUCGAUAAUCAAGAUAACAAGCAAAGCAGUAAGGCCCACGUGGGUGACAAUCACCACCAAAACGCCUCCUACUGCGACAACAACAAGGCCCUCAACAACUACAAGAACAUGACCCUCGAUUUGUCGAUGGCUCGCUCGGACUCGAAGAUCUACACGACCUGGAGCAACCUAAAGCACUCGUCGAUCGGCAAAACGAUCUCGCGCCAUCCUUCCGGAAAUAACAACACAACGCCAAAUUUUCUCCAGAGCAACAUCAGCUGCACCGCGGGUCUCAGCGUCACCGGAGCUCCGAUUUGUGUGGACGACGUUGGAGCAUCUUUAGAUUUUCUCAAUAAUAAGUCCAGAUGCCAGAGCCUGCCAGACCUUAGCAAAGCUCGUGAACUCGAGCACGUCGAGAUGGUGCCGCUUAAUUUUCCUGUCGACUCGGGUGAGAUAUCCAGCAGCCGAGAUAUCGACCUCACCUUGUCCUCCGACAACAAGCUACAGAACAUCAGCCUCAUCCGGAUGUUUAUGGAGCGAAAGAGUCUGUUCGACCAGACGGACUCUGGCAGCGAGACUGGCUGUCCUACCAGCAGCCACAACGGUGUCGGCUCUGAGAAGCAGAGCAACAACGGAAGCAGCAAUUUCUCGACCUCGUCACCGAGGAAUACGCAGGUCGACCGCAACACCACGACCAACGCGAGCAUACAGGUGGGGACCGAGGUAGAGGACAAUAGCGUGCAAACGUCGCUGAUCUAUCCAGCGCCCGGCGAGCGGACAUUAGCCGGCCGGUCACCGGUGCGCGAGACCCUCGUCAAUGAGAAGCCGGUGUACGUGGUCUACCCAAACUACGCGCUACCGGAUCUUUCGUUCCUCAACUCGUCGUACGAGAACGUGAUACUAAAACCCUACGAUGUCAGCAGCAGUCCAAAUAACGGUCAGCACGCUAGACCGGCAGCUCCGCUUGGAGGCCGGCCAUACUCUUGCGGCGACAUCGACGCCCUUAGGCAGCGCGGAUUCUCGCACGUCAAGGACUGGGAGUCGCUGACCUUCCUCCUGCCAGCCGAGUUUCGCAGAGUCGUCUUGCGCGACCUUCCCGAGGUGCCGGAGCACGUGAAGCUGCUCGACGAGGAGAUGGAGUCCUCCGGUUACGGGGGCUCCUCUACCGUCUUGACCGACUCUGACCAGGAGACGCAGGUAUCCCCCAGAUUUGAGAGAACGACAGUGUUGGAAGACGUGGAUCUGGUGAGUAGUGGCGAUGACGUGAUGCAGCUGGAUGACUUCCUAGAGAACAGCAGCUUCUCGUCUCACAGCAGCGAUGCCGACAGUGAUCAGGACGCGGACCUGAAGCUGAGAUCUUGCGUCAGGAGGUUCCUUGCCCUCGGGGUGAAUAAGGACAUAUCGAAAAUCAUCGAAGGGACUAAUUUGAAAAAAAAAAAAGUUACUUUCGGAGAAACCAUCAUUAUAAACGACAAUGAGGAGCGCCUUAAAGUUAGCGAAUACGCUAAUGUGAAUCUGGAGCUGCGAUCUCGAUAUCUAGAGGAAAAGAAAAAACUUGUACGUCCGGUGAGAAAAUCAGUGAACGCAUUUAUCAGUUUCUGGAAUAACGAGCCGGUACACAGCCGGCAAGGCUACAACAGCUUUGAGCUCUGCUCUCAGCUCUGCUUCGACCAUCUUUGUCCGGCCCUUUAUAACAUCAUGUCCGAUGGACUCAAGCCAAACCUCGGCUCGACCUUCGGACCCAUUGCCAACAGCGUCUGGCAAGUGGUGGAGGCGUCCGCCCAACAGGGAUCACCUAUGGAGACACUUAAUGACCUAGUCCAGAAGAUCAACGGCGAGGACUUCAUUAACGAGCUCAAGUUCCAUGCUUUUGUCAUUGAAUUGCUCAAUUUUCGUGCACUCGACGCUUGGUUCGCGUAUCUGUGCACGUGCGAGUCCAUCCUGCGCAAGCACUACAACGAUAGCAGUGUACUCGUGGGUGCUUUGAGCUGUCCCAACAGCCGGAAUCUCGUCGAGGACUUCCUCAACAUCCUCCAGCCUCUGGCCUUUUGCCCAUUCCAGCUGGACCUGCUUUACCAGACCUUCGCCAUCAGUCCCAUCAACACAACCACCACAACCACUCCCAGCCCGAAGGAUCAUCAAGCUCCCGCGUUCCCAUCGACACCCAUGCGUUCCUCCAAGUCCAAAAUCCCACGUCUCCUACAGACAUCGCCUACCAAGACACCAUCUAAAUCUAAACUCCCCGUUCCCAUCAAGUCUUCCAAGUCCCCUUUGGGCAUCUCAUCCCUGAAAAAUCCCGGAGUCCCUAAGAGGUUCCCAGCUGCGAAAAAGGCACCGGAACCGAGGCAAACGAGUAGACCGAGCCAAGAGAACAUGGACAUCGCAAGGCCACACCUUACCAGGCCCUGUUCUUUGCUGUACAAGACGUACGGCGCGAGCGCCAAGGGGAAGAGCACCGUGUCGCAGCACAAGUGA